AUGGCUGCUCUACAACAAACUCCGAUCACAUUUCAAUCCCGAUCACCACCAUCAACCCAAAUUAUAGCCAGAAGAACAACAAACCUCUCAUUUUCUGGAGGUUUCAAGUCACUCAAACUCCCAAAAAUCACCGUCAAGGUCGCCGGAAGACCCCGCCGUCACGGUGCCAGAAUGGCCGACUCCGCCGCAGGAAGCUACGCCAACGCCCUUGCUGAGGUGGCGAAUUCCAAUGGAACCCUAGAAGCCACCUCGGCCGACAUGGAAAAGGUGGAGAAAUUCUUCUCCGACUCUGAAGUCUUCUACUUCUUCUCAAAUCCCACUGUCGACAUCGCCAAAAAACGUGAUGUCCUCGACGAAAUCAUCAGUUCCUCAAAUCUUCAACCUCAUACCUCAAAUUUCCUAAAUAUUUUAGUAGAUAUGAAGAGAAUCGACCUUAUUAGCGAGAUUCUGAAGGAAUUUGAGAUUGCUUAUAACAAAUUGACGGAUACGGAGCUGGUGAUAGUUACGUCAGUGGUGCAAUUGGGGUCGCAACACUUAGCGCAGAUAGCAAAAGGAGUUCAGAAACUUACUGGAUCGAAGAAUGUGAGGAUUAAGACUGUGAUUGAUGAGUCGUUGGUUGCUGGAUUCACGAUUAGGUAUGGAAGUGGGGCUUCAAAGUUGAUUGAUAUGAGUGUGAAGAAACAGCUUGAAGAGAUUGCUGCUCAGCUUGAUCUUGGCGAUGUUCAACUCGCUGUCAUUUAUAUCACACUGAAGGACUCGCGUGCUUGACGGUAAGCUCUGAUUCACCUCUUGCUCUUACUAGUUCAAAGGACUGUUCUUCUCACGUUGUGAACAAUACAACUGCGAAGUUUAGAGUUCUUGUUGUAGUGUUCAUUUUUGUGUUUCCCUUUUGUCAUUUCUCUGGUUGAAUGUUGAUUAUGCAUCUUAUAGAUUGAAUGUAU